GGCUUUGCAGUAGUUGGACCACAAACGAUGGUGUGACGUCAUCAUCGUUUGACAAACAUUCAAAAUUGGUGGCGGUGUAACAAGCUGGCUGCUGUGUUCACUGCAAUGGCUCCCCUCAAAUUUGUUAUUAAGUGUGGGAACUUUGCUGUGCUGGUGGAUCUCCACGUUCUGCCCCUGGCCGGCCUUGAGGACACCAGCUGGUUUACUGCGCACCACAUCGAGGAAGUUACAGCCCUGGUACGAGAUGCUGUGGACCGCAGGGUGAAGCAGUACGCAGAGUCCCUCCACCACAGAAGACAGCCCAAACAGAAAAAGGAGCUGCCAUCUGCUCCAGCCUUUUUGGUAAAAGGAAAAAGUUUCCACCUGGUUGCAAAUUUUCUGAAACGGCACUUCAACCUCAGAUGUAUCGUGAAGCAGCUCUAUGGGGAUAUGCGUGUGUUUCCUGAACGCUAUGUAGUGUGUGUGAGCUGCCCGGAGGAUACCUCAGCGCACCAUGGAAACCCGAGCCUGGCCGCGACUGAGCUGAGCGAACAAAGCCACUCGGAGUAUUUUUCCAGAGUGGGAGAAACCCUAGAGCCUUCAAACAUCCCCACGAAAACAAAGAAGACUGUGCUUCAAAAGAUAGCCAAACAAGCUGGUGUCCAGCGAGAGCUCCAUGCUUCCAGUGCGGGGGGGGGACAGCAGGUUGACCAGGGAGACUGUCCCCAAAACCCAAGAGGGGAGAUUAAAGCUGGAGACUCAGAAUCAAGCCCAAAAGAGACCAGCUGUGGUCAGAAGACCCUCCCAGAGGCAGACCACAUGGUGCCUUGCCCCAGUGCCUUAAAUGAAGCUGAGGCUCAGAUUGGGACAACUCAAGACCGGGGCCUGACCCAGGAUCAGCAGACCGGGAACAGUCCUCCAGACGGCAUUAACCCAACCGGAGCCUCUGAAAUCAGUCAGGAGACGAGAAAGAGCAAGAGGAGCAAGCCAAGCGACUCAGGGGAAGACCCUCACCCACAGAGGGCCAAGAGGACGUGCCUUGAAAGACCUCCAGCCACAACUCCUCACGAGUGCUCCACACAAACAUCCAGGCAUGACCUUCCUCCUCUGCUGCCGCCCCUUCCUCCUGCCGAAGCCAACGCAGAGUCCAAGGCUUUCCCAGUCUCCGGGCGCACCAAAACCACAGUGGAAGUAGAGCUGCUUACUCCAGGGAAACGGGCCCAGAGGCCCCCCCUCACAAGCAAUAACACGGCACAGACAAACCAAAACAGGCUGGCCGCAAGUCUGAGGGGCCUAUCUGUCAAGCCUGCAUCCUCGUGCUCCUCUAUUAGUUCCAGAUCCACACUCGCAGCGGAGGGGAAUGAAAAUGUGCCCAGAACCUCGAGAUUACGGCGACUGAAGAGGUCCUGAGGGGGACGGGGACGAAUACAGUAAAGAUGCCUGACGCCACGGAGAUAGAGAUGAUAUUGUGUCAGGCUACAUGUUUACCUCACAUGAUGUGCAUUUGUACACGUGUCACAUUUUCACCACAAUACAUAUUGGUUUCGUGCGCGCACACACACACACACACACACAAAUGCUGAAGACAUUAAGGCAUUUGUUACAUGAGCAUUUGAGUUACACUUUGUCAAAUACUUGAAACAGACUUUUUUCUCUCCACCCAUAAGUAGUGGUGGUCAAGUAAGGCUUGCAAAUGAAAGUCAAAAAAACCUUUAAUUGGAGUUUAGAUUUGGUUUUGUGUUAAAGAUUGGGGAUUUCAGACAGGCAGGAGCCAUGCAGUACGUCAUGGCUCUCCGUCUCGAACGCUGGCUCCUACGUGUCUGAAAACUGUCCACUUUCCCCGCUGAAGCUCUGCUGUGAUGGAUGGCUGUUUCCAGAUUUAUUUCAUCACCUCAUUCUCAAAAAUCACUUAUGUAGUUAGAUUGCAUUCAUACACAAUUUACAGUUAUUAGUUGCUAAGCACCUGAAAUGUAUCUCUAAAUGUGAGGGUAUUAUGUAGCUUUUAUAUUGAACCAAAUAAGUGUGGGUAUAUUAGUAAUAUUAGUGGUUUUAUUUGGGAGUAGCAGGUCAUCUCUGGUAAUGCAGGUUACAUUUUUAGCUGCUGUCAACACCCCUUAAUCCUGAUUUAUUUGGAGUUUCCUGGAAAGACAUUUUGCGUUAAAUAAAUAUGCAAACAAGUCACUACUUUACUGGAAGCAGCGAGAAACAACAUGAAGAUUUCUGCACGUUCUUUCCUUCCCACCCUGUGCAGACUGGCUGAUCCGCAGUGAUGUUCCUAACAAACCAGUGUUUCUCUGGAUCAGGGGGUGUAACCUGAGAUGAGUUCUUUCUCAAGAGCCAAAUCUGUUCUUAUCAAGACAGACAACAUGGUGGAUUAGUGAAAGUGACCCGUCUGUUUUAACUCCUUACAUGGUUUAACGUUGUUCUCUAGAGGUGUUGAUAAUCUCUCACUUUAGAUUUAAUCCUUUUAAAAGCGAUUCUGCAGAAAAAUGGAAUCAGUUUGACUUCACAGGCCUGCUAGUUUAAAAAGGUUUUAGUUAAGUCCGCUGCUCUAACCACACCAACAAGGGCCACAUUGUAUGAGGAGCAUGAGGAGCUGGGGUAUUUUUGUCUCCAGGAUCGACCUAAUGCGAGCAUGACUUGCUCCAACAUAAUUAGCUGUAAACACAUUUGGACAGAGUCUCC